UUUGCAUCAUAAUGGGAUGUAUUGAUUUCAUUUCAUUCUCAACAUUAUGUUAUUCUAAUUUCCCAACUCUUCAUACUCCCUUGGCUUUCCUCAUCCAAUUCAAGCCAGCAAUCCAGUGCCAACGGACACCAUGACGUCACCGCCGGAGCAGUGAACUAAAACAAUAAACCUCGCUCCUCUCUCUUCCUGCCCCGACACCGACCGACCGACCGACCGACCGACAGUCAGUGGCGUCGACGAGCCCCAGGCUCAGUUUGACAGACGCCGUCCAGGGGCUGCAUUGUUUUUGUACGUGUGUGCGCGCGCGUGUGCGUGUGCGUGCCUGUCUCCGUCACCCAUCCUCGCCGCUCAUAUAACACUCCAGUCCCGGUGCACGGUUGAGGAGGAGGAGAAGCUUAGCAGCAAGUGUAUAUUUAGUCGGACAACAGUGGGGCGAGAAGCAUGUCCGCUCAGCCCGGUGAGGAGCUCGGUUCGGAGGGGAAGUGGUUCGGUGACGACUGCGAGAGGAACGGCCUGUUUGGGAACACGACGACCCGGUUCGACGAGCUGCGUGAGGAUCUGAAGCCGAGAGGCGGCGAGGCGGCGGACGACCUGGCUCAACAAUUCCAUCCUUUCCAGGACUACGUGAAUAGGCCUCCCGUUGCUAUGGAAACUGCAUCUACAGAUAAUCCCAUGUCUGGCCUGUUGAGGAAGACCAUGAACGAUGACGGUGAUGUGUACACUUCCCUGCUGUCCAAUCAGAGCUUCACAUCAAGUCGGGAAGCCUCCUACCUGUCGGACGACUUGAAGCCCUCCAAGUCUUCAACUGGCUCCUCUGCCCUGAACGACUUCUCCAGCGACACCUACAGCUUCAGCUCCAACACUAAGAUGACUUCUGACCUGGUGGAUGACAUGCCAAAAUCACUGCUGGGCUCAGACAAGAGAGAAUCCUACAACUACAUGGACAUCAUCCACGGAGAUGAGCGCAAUGAUCAGCACCAGGCGCCUGCGCACGGCCUAGUGGACACAAGUCCAGCUGUUCGUGACUUGCUCGGAAGCUAUAUGGACAGAGAUGAGGAUGAUGAGGAGGAAGAGGAAGAGGAAGAGGAGAACCUAGGUCCAGCGCUGGGUUCCCACUCUUUCCCUUACGUGGAGGAGCCCUCUGAUGAAGAGCUGUCAGACUACCGCUCCUACCGAAACCUCGGUGGUACCCCCCAAACUGCCAGCCCAGUGAAGAUCACCUUGACCGAGUCCCAGCCUCGAGCUGAGCCGCAGCAUCCUCCUCCUCCUCCCGCCAUUGCGUCUGAGCGUGAAAACGUCCUCAGCGUGGGUUUGCAGGGGGUUCCAACUGUGACGCUGUCAGAGCCAGAGGACGACAGCCCUGCUUCCACGCCCAAUGCUUCACCAACACAGCAAGAAUUCCCUUCCCAUGAUAUGUUCAAGGCUGACACGGUGAAGCCUGCAGCUUCCAAUAGUAGCCCCGGCACAAAGGCUGGCAGCAAGGAGCAUGACGGCAGCAGUGCAGAGUCUGGAGACUCGGAGAUUGAGCUGGUGUCUGAGGAGCCUCCGAAGGCCAGCAGUAACCCAUUUGCCCAGCCACCUAAAAGCAAGGGUUCUUUCAGCCAGCCUAACAACCCCUUUGACACCCCCCCCAUCGCCAAGGGUGGUUUUGGCCUCGCUGGCAACCAUGCUCCACCCACAGCCUACAGCAUUCUAAGGGAGGAGAGAGAGGCAGAGCUCGACAGUGAUCUCUUCAUUGAGUCUGCGUCAGAAGAGAGCCCAAAGAGAGAGAGGAGCUCCAGUGGCCCCAAACAGGGAGUCAACCCUCCCUCUCCCCUGCUUCACAGCGUCGUCCCUCCCCACACGACUGCUGAGGCCGUGCCAGCCGCGUCCCUGGUCACAGAAAAGGUCAGGACACCGGUGAAGACAGAGGAGGACCGCCCCAACAAGCCCAAGCCUCCCACGGCCGCAGUGCCCCCAGAGGUACGACUGGAGAAGCCCAAUCCCGACGACAUGCUCGAGCAAACCACUGAGGGCAAAGGAGACCGGGAAAAACCUGGGGCAUCAAUGAUUCUGGAGGGCUUUGAUAAACAAAAAGCGAUUGACCUGCUCUACUGGAGGAAUGUGAAGCAGUCUGGGGCCGUGUUCAGCGGCGUGCUACUGCUCCUCUUCUCCCUGACCCAGUUCAGUGUGGUCAGCGUCGGCGCCUACUUAGCCCUGGCGGCCCUCUCCGCGACCAUUAGCUUCAGGAUCUACAAGUCUGUGCUGCAAGCUGUGCAGAAGACCGAUGAGGGACAUCCUUUCAAAUCCUACCUGGAGGUGGAGAUCGCUCUAUCCCAGGACCAGAUAAGCAAAUAUGCCGACAAAAUCCUGCUGUACAGCAACACCUGUAUGAAGGAGCUCCGCAGGCUGUUCCUCGUGCAAGAUCUGGUUGACUCCUUGAAGUUUGCUGUUCUGAUGUGGCUGCUGACCUACGUGGGCGCUCUCUUCAACGGCCUGACGCUGCUCAUCCUAGCUGUGGUCUCCAUGUUCACCAUGCCCGUGGUCUACGAGAAGCAUCAGGCACAGAUUGAUCAAUAUGUGGGACUAAUACGGACCCAGGUCAACUCUGUGGUGGGGAAGAUCCAGGCAAAGAUCCCUGGGGCCAAGAGGAAGGAGGAGUAGGCCUGUCUGUCUCACCGUGAAGCUCAGAGUCAGGCAGCUCGCUCGCUAUUGAAGAGCCUGGUUGUCACCUGUGGGGCGUAGUGCUGUGUCAUCUUGGUGUUCUCUAAACGCAUCCACUGGAGAAGCCUUCACCCUGUCUAUAGCAGUGUAAACACUAACACACAAAGUCACACACACACAUAAUCCUGUUUCUAGGUAGACAAGAACACAACUCGAAAACAAAAAAAGUAACUGACUUUUUUGUGUUGCUUAUUCUAAAGUGCAUGAAGUUGAGCCUUGGGUAAAUAAUAUUUGAUAUCUUUUGUGCAGUUUUUAAAUGACGCUACAUUUUUGCUGUGCAGUGCUUACCACAAACUACGGUUUGGCACAAAAAAGCUAUAGAUGCCCACAGACGUGCUUUGCUGCGGAUGUUAAAUACUGCUUCAUGUUUCUGAGUUAGCACUUGGGGCUUCUCUCAGUUUAUGUCAAGAUAUAUAAAUAUCCAAAAUGAUUUCCUUUGGUGUUUCCAAGCACAAAAUAAUUUGACAGUUUGCGUCUUAGAUGUGGUUAUUGUAGGGUUUUUGCUUUUGUAUAACCAUAAGGAACAAUACACACACUCAUGUUUAAGGUACUGUUGUACAACUACUAUGAAGACAAGGAGUAUCUGGUGAUAUUUAGCUUGUUUGAAUCACUGUCCAACUUUGUACUAUGUUCGAAUAUACUCUGUAGUUCUUUAGACCCUGGACUCUAACUAUUUGCACUUACAGUAUGUAUUUAAUUACAGGAAUAAGAAAAAUAAAUGUACCUUGAUGUAUAAACCUC